AUGGAUACUGCCGAGUUGUGGACAGAAUUCACCAUCGUUUGCUUAGAAUGGGGUGCAAAGGAUCCCCGAGGAAGCCAACAGGCCCUAGAAUUGCUCAAACUCGGGCUCGAGCGGUCGCAAGAAUCGUUACUCCAUGUCAAGAUUGUGCAUUAUGCGUCGCCCACCCUGGCGGAGGAGGCUGCUCAGGCACUUUCCAUGCUCGGUGCCACGUGUCAUCGCUGGAGGACUGCCUCUCUCACCUGCCCCGGACCAACUAUACCUGCUUUCGGCUUUCACAGACAAUUGGCUGGCCUCAAAAGUCUCGAAAUCAAAGACCGCCGUCACGGCAAAGACCGGUGGACCAUAGACACCUUUUCUGUUUUUCGAGAUGCUCCCAAGUCAAGGGCGGUAGCUUUUUCCGGAGAGACGUCCCUGCAACAGCUCCCGCUGGAGCAACUCGAACACGUCCUAUAUAAAGAUGUUGUUCCAAGCACGCUUCAUCUUGCUUUGGAUUGUCUGCCCAGACUUUCGGGUGCGGCGUAUAUUUCCCUUGCAGCAGAUUUUGAUCGCCACACAAACAUAAACUUCCAUUCCUCAUCCGAAAUCACAAAGUUCUGGGCCUCCGUUGACACCCAUUACUUCGAUUCGGACGAACUGCAUGCUUGUGUGAAGCUUCUCAAUGUAUUGCUCUCCUCUAUCACCUUGGGGUCUCUCCGCGAGUUAGUGCUCAAAUGCACUGGCUAUCCAACUGCCGUUGUACCAUGGCCUGAUGCCACCAUUCGCGCGCUAGCUGGACGAUCGCAUUUCAACGCACAUCUCCAUACUCUUGACGUUCGCCAUAUGUUCCUCAGUGAGCUGGAGCUGCUUUCCGCACUAACCGAACUUCCUCGCCUGCAAACGCUCGCAUUCUCUGAUCAGCUUGCCCUGAGGGACUCCGAGCCUACCACGACAAUUCUCACUGAUGAGCUCAUGAGCCGACUCACAGAAACAGUCUUUCCCAAAGAACUUCUCACAGACACACUGACUUCGAAUCGGGUCACACACAUCCUUGUCCCAGACCUUCAUACGUUCAGCUGCGCUACUCAAUUGUCAUUCGACCACCAGAAGUUUUUCGAGUUCGUGGAAUCUCGGAGUGGGCGGGAGCGAGUGGAGUGUUUCGAAGUGCAGCUUUCAUGGUGGCCGAAGCAGGAUGGCUCGCAGCCGUGUCUGGAGCCCCAAGUUGAAUCGAAGCUAUGGCAACUCCACAAGCAGCAUAGAUCAAACUUGAAAUUGCGCAUUGGAAGAGACCCAAGUUCGUUUCGGAACAGAUACGGUCAGUGGGAGCCUGUGGGCUCAAUGCAUAUAUAG